UAGCAGUUUGAAUCGCGGGUUGCGAGCCUUUUCCCUCUCAUAUUCCUUUCUUAGAAGUUUAUUUGUGUGAUUAAAGACUUUAUUUUAAAUAAUUUUAGUGUUUUUUGUGGUGAAAUAGUUUUAAUUAAAUCGAAGUAAAAUGUCCGAGGAAUCGUCAGCAGAUCGAAAUGUCGAAAUAUGGAAGAUCAAGAAACUCAUAAAAAGCCUGGAAAUGGCUCGAGGCAAUGGCACAUCCAUGAUCUCACUGAUCAUUCCACCGAAGGAUCAGAUCUCGCGUGUGUCCAAGAUGUUGGCAGAUGAGUUUGGCACAGCAUCCAACAUCAAGUCACGAGUCAACCGACUUUCUGUACUUGGUGCAAUCACGUCUGUACAGCACCGACUGAAACUCUACACUAAAGUGCCCCCCAAUGGCCUAGUGAUAUACUGCGGCACGAUCGUCACUGAAGAGGGAAAGGAGAAGAAGGUCAACAUUGACUUUGAACCAUUCAAGCCUAUCAAUACAUCGUUGUACUUGUGUGACAACAAGUUCCAUACAGAGGCUCUCACAGCAUUGUUGGCUGACGACAACAAGUUUGGUUUCAUUGUCAUGGAUGGUAAUGGGGCUCUGUUCGGUACACUGCAAGGCAACACUCGAGAGGUACUGCACAAGUUCACAGUAGAUCUGCCCAAGAAGCACGGCCGCGGUGGUCAGUCUGCGCUCCGUUUCGCCCGUCUUCGUAUGGAGAAGCGUCACAAUUACGUGCGAAAGGUCGCCGAAGUCGCCACGCAGCUAUUCAUCAGUGCCGACCGACCGAAUGUUGCAGGCCUGAUAUUGGCCGGUUCUGCUGACUUCAAGACUGAACUGUCUCAAUCUGACAUGUUUGAUCCGCGUUUGCAAGCCAAAAUCAUCAAACUGGUGGAUGUGUCGUAUGGAGGUGAGAAUGGCUUCAAUCAGGCCAUAGAGCUGGCAGCUGAGUCACUGCAGAACGUCAAGUUUAUACAAGAGAAGAAACUCAUUGGACGUUACUUCGACGAGAUAUCACAGGAUACUGGCAAGUAUUGCUUCGGAGUGGAUGAUACGCUACGCGCUUUAGAACUGGGCGCGGUGGAAACGCUGAUCUGCUGGGAGAAUCUGGAUAUACAGAGAUACGUGCUGAAAUCACACGCUACCAACCAGGAAACAAUCCUACACCUCACCCCGGAGCAAGAGAAGGACAAAUCACAUUUCACUGAUAAAGAGAGCGGCGUGGAAUUGGAAUUGGUCGAAUGUCAGCCGUUGCUCGAGUGGUUGGCCAAUAACUACAAAUCGUUUGGUGCAACGCUAGAGAUCAUCACGGACAAGAGUCAGGAGGGCAGCCAGUUCGUGCGCGGCUUCGGAGGCAUUGGCGGUCUUCUCCGUUACAAGGUAGACUUCCAAUCGAUGCAGCUCGACGACGAGGAGAUCGACAACCUCUACGACAUUGACGACUAUUAAAUCGUAACCAGUCCGGACAGCCGGCUUGUCCAGUCGGACGUGACCUACCAGUAAAAUUACUACCUGUACGACGACCGGCUAACCGGUUGUCUUUCUGAAUUAACGGUUAUUUCAAGCGAAACCGGUUCUACGACAACGCUGGACCGAUUGUCGUUAUUCUCACUAACUGGUUGGUCUGACUGGACAAUCUGGUGCAACCCUGGUCAUACUGAAUGCAAAAUACCGUUUGACGCAUUAACGCACAUUAAAAAUACACUUGCACUAUUUACAAAUGAUUUCAAAAGUGUAAAAGAAAGAUUUUUAAAUGUUAAUUGUAAAAUAGUCAUAUCUUAACAUAACUCUAUUAUAACUACGUAUAAAAUGAGUUAUUUGUUGACGUGAAAGCAAUUAAUUUCUUAAAAUUAAUGUUUUUGUAUACAAAGUGUCACGCCGCAUCUUUGACGGUAUAUACAUGCAUAAAAAAGUUGUUAAUGUUAGCG